AACAGAGAAAUGCCUACUUUGUAAUCAGUUUAAACAUUUGAACAGUCCAAUGCUGCCGAGAUAUGACAGUACAAGUAGCUGUCACUGUUAUAUUUAAUGCAUUCUUAAACCUGUAUGAAAGAGGAUGACAGGUAUAUAAAGGUAUGAAGCCAGGGGCUUCCAAAUACAGCACCUUAGGCCGUUUCAAGGAAAGGAGAACUAAGGUCGGUGUCAGUAUCAGAUUCAGAGGAGCAGAUUUGAUUUUUAAUCUUUUGACCUUGUAGGCUGCGUCAUCAUUUUGUGAGUGGUAGAUCAAGCAGCGGAGGUUUGUGUUCCACCAUGUUUUUGAAAAGAAACACCUGCUGGCUGUUUUUUCUGCUGUGUUCUCUGACCUUGUGGUGCAAGUCGACCAAUGCAGGCUCCAGUUUUCUCAGCCCUUCACAAAAACCUCAGAACAAGGGGAAGUCUUCCAGAAUCGGCCGCCAAGUCAUGGAGGAGCCUAGUCAACCCACUGAGGACCGCCCCAUCACACAGGUAAGGGCCCCCUUUGAAAUUGGCAUCACCAUGACAGCAGAGGACUUUGAGGAGUACAGCGUGGUGCUGCAGGAGAUCAUUCAGCGUGUGCUGGGAUACACAGACACAGCAGAAAGACCAUCAAGACUUUGAAGAUCAAAGUUUGCAGUCUCAUUUUCUUCCAAUUUCACCUUCAUCAGAUAGUGAUCCUUAAAAUAUGAGUGAAAAUAAGUGUAAGUAGCCUGUAGACAUGUUUGUCUCAUUUUUUUCAACCCCGUAUUCUUUAAAGCUCUUAAAACUUUGUGACUCAGACUGUUGCUAAAUAAGCUACAAUCCGUACCAUUAAAUCUAACAGACAACAGCGAUUUCCAAACCAUUACAAACUAAAACAUGAAACCAUUUAGCAGAUGAAAACGUGAAAGACUUAACGCAAUAAUCUUAACUCAAGAUCUUUUUGGAGCUUUCAGCCACAUCCCAGUGUCUUCAUCAGCGACGGAGAUGGUUCUGCUGUCACCACAUGACCUUAUUAUGGCGCUUAAACGGUGUAAACAUGGUUGAAUAUGAAUUGAAAAUAAUAUGGAAGUUAAUAUAAGUUGAAAAUCGUUAUAUAUGGAACUUGAGUUAAAAUUAUUUUGUCAAACUGCUUUUCUCAGUAAUGAACUUCUAUGCUCAAAUGUGUAAAACUGGAGUGAAAUUAAUGUCUAACGCAGACAUUCAUCAUAAAGAUACACUCUGAUGUCUGACAUUUUCAUUUUAAAACUCCAUGUUCAUAUAAGAAUUACUCUUAUUCAUACCCGUAUGAUGAUCUAAUGUUAUUCAGAAUUAAAACCACCAAUUCUACACCAGUACAGAAUGUAUUGUAAAAUCAGUCUUUUGUCUUCAGAGACUCGCAUGUA